AUGCAGAAACCGCUGUUGGGGAAUAUUGCUGCGCCAGCGGUGACGAUGGCGGGCGGGGAGGAAAGUGGGGAUGAGGAGGAUCAGAUUAAGAUGCCGCAGGAGGGUGGGGGUUUGGUGAAUUCGUUCUUUAACAUGUCGAACUCAAUCAUCGGGGCAGGAAUUAUCGGCCUUCCCUUCGCCUUCAAAGAAGCCGGCGUAGUAAUGGGCAUCGUCCUCCUCAUCGUCCUCGCCAUAAUGACCGACUGGACAAUCCGUCUCAUCAUCCUUAACGCCAAAAUGUCCGGAAAAGACAACUACCAAGACAUCGUCUCCCACUGCUUCGGACCCAAGGGCUUCUUUUUCUGUUGUUUGGCGCAGAUUAGUUUUGCGUAUGGUGGCAUUGCGGCGUUCUGUGUGAUCAUUGGGGAUACGAUUCCGCAUGUGCUGAGUGCCCUCAUCCCUGGAUUGAAGGAUAUUCCUGUGAUUGGGCUGUUAGCAAACAGGGAAGCGGCGAUUGUGUUUUGCACAGUAUUCAUUUCGUACCCGCUCAGUUUGUAUCGGGAUAUUAGUAAACUCGCGAAAGCAUCCGCGUUGGCGUUGGUCAGUAUGGUGGUGAUCAUACUCACAGUUAUCAUCCAAGGCCCACGGGUCCCGGAUACAGACGACUGGCGUGGCCGCAAAGUUGAGUGGGCAGUCUUCGACAUGGGCUUCUUCAAAGCCAUCGGUGUCAUCUCUUUCGCUUUUGUCUGCCACCACAACUCUCUCCUCAUCUACGGCUCCCUCAAGAAACCAACACUAAACAGAUUCACGACCGUUACGCAUUGGAGUAUGGGUAUCUCGCUCGGAGCGUGUCUGAUCAUGGCGCUGGCGGGGUAUUUGAAUUUCAAGGAUAAGACUGUCGGAAAUAUCUUGGUGAAUUUCCCACCUGAGGGGGAACCCGGAAGCAACCUGAUGGUUACCUUCGCCCGAUUCUGCUUCGGAUUCAAUUGCUUCACAACCCUUCCCCUCGAAGCCUUCGUCUGCCGCGAAGUCGUAACCUCCUAUUACUGGCGCCAUACCCCCUUCUCCCUCCGCCGCCACGUCCUCCUCACCUCCGCCUUCGUUUUCAGUGGGAUGUGUAUCUCGCUCCUAACAACUGACCUCGGUAUCGUUCUACAACUCGCUGGAUCCACCUCCGCUGUUGCGCUGGCGUAUUUGUUUCCGACGCUGUGUUGGUUGAAGGAGGCGGAGGGGCCGUGGUGGGGGUGGAAGAAGUUGCCGGCGGUUGGGUGUGCGGCGUUUGGGAUGAUUGUCAUGGUUGUUACGAGCAUUGAGGCGAUUUGGAGUCGGUUGUAG